CUCUUCGUGCAAUCGUGCUUGUGGCUGGCAGUUCAGUUUAGAGAGAGAUAGAGAGAGGGACUGGUUAGGGUUAGGAGGAAGGAAAGAGAACGAGAGGGUGGUUGGUCUUCCAUGGCGACAGCUCUUUCUUCAUUAUCCAUCUCCUCUUAUCAUUAUCAUCCUCUGUUGCAUCCCUUGCCGAAGUCCCUCUCUAUCUCUCUCUCUUUCCCUCUCCACUCCCCUGUGCCUCUUCCUCCUCCUCAUCAUCAUUCAUUUCCUCGAUUGAAAAGUGAUCGGAAAUUCCGGACUCUGACUCUCGCGUCGUUUUCAUUCGCUAAUAGCAGCGAUGACAUGUUCUCCUUCGGAGAUUCAUGGGCGAAUUCGCCCAAGAAAUCUGUUAUUGCAGAUGUUAUACGAGAGAUAGAACCAUUAGAUGUGGGUCUUAUUCAAAAAGAUGUUCCACCAAUGACAUUAGAUGCGAUGAAAAGGACCAUCUCAGGCAUGUUGGGCCUACUUCCAUCUGACAGGUUUCAAGUUUUUAUUGAGGCUUUAUGGGAUCCUCUUUCGAAAUUAUUGGUUUCUUCUAUGAUGACGGGGUACACAUUGCGAAAUGCUGAGUAUAGGCUUUGUCUUGAAAGAAAUCUUGAUAUAGAGGAAGAGAAUCUAGAAUAUCAAACCCCUCAAAAUUCAAAAAUUGAUUUGCAAGGGGUAUUUCUGGAUAGUACAAAAAUAAAUGAACCUUCAAUUGAAAAUGGCAUGUCAUCAGAAAUGGAUGAGGUUACUGAAGAUCUUUCUGAUAUCCAUGGCCUUGGCAGAAUAUCCCCUGAAGCUCAACAAUAUAUUUUUGACUUGCAGUCCCGUUUAUCUUCAGUGAAAAAGGAACUUCAUGAAACCAAGAGGAAAAGUGCCGCCCUUCAAAUGCAGCAGUUUGUUGGCGAAGAGAAGAAUGAUCUAUUGGACUAUUUGAGGUCAUUACAACCAGAAAAGGUAGCUGAGUUGUCGGAACCUACUUCAGCUGAAUUAAAGGAAACAAUUCACUCAGUAGUUCACGGUCUCCUAGCUACGCUUUCUCCAAAGAUGCACUCUCAGGUUCCUCCAUUAGAGAAUUCAUCAACUGGAGCCGUAAAUAUCAGCGGAGAAGACUGUGCGGAGCUUAUAGAGAAUACGUCACUUCAGUUUCAGCCCCUAAUUUCUUUAACUCGUGACUACCUGGCACGCCUGCUCUUCUGGUGCAUGCUGUUGGGACACUAUCUCAGAGGCCUCGAAUACCGGAUGGAGCUGAUGGAACUUCUAUCAUUAACAAGCGAUGCUGGAAACGAGCACCGCGCAACUUGUUUUCCAACAUAAAGAGGCUGCAACCAGGAUACAACCAGUUCAGGCUUUGCGGAAGGAAAGUUCUUCUUUUAUGUAACAUAGAAAGUCUACUUAACUUGCGUGGCAUCAGUCAUUUUCCCCUUCGUUAACUUUACACCGUUCCUAUUAUGUUUUCAGAAACUUUCUAAAAGAAGGCAUAAAUCUGUAUUUGUAAAUUUUGGGUAUGCUUGUAAUAAAUAUAAAAAAAAA